AUGUCGUCCUCUGAAGCCCCGGGCCACCUGCAGCAGGACCCUGCCGAGAAGGGCAACUUCUUUGAAGCCGGAUUCGAGGACUUUCCGCGGCAGCUGCCUGAAAACUGUGUCGAGUAUGUGCUUCUCAUCCUCGACAGCCAAUUAGAAGCCCGCAAGCUCCUCUCCGCCCUGGAAACCACCCGCAAGGCUGCGCUCCAGCUCGCCGGUCGCCUGACCAAAGACUACAUCUGGCAGCGCGAUGGCCUGCAGCUCGAGCUUAAGAGUGGCCAAGGUCUCGCGUACCUCCAUGGCCUAAGCUACUAUGGCGACUCGGUCGAGGACGAGUGGUUGAUCGUUUACUUGCUCCGCGAGCUGACCAAGUCGCACCCAAACCUGUGGCUAAGGGUGUUUGACAGCGAUGGCGAAUUCCUGCUGGUCGAGGCCGCCAAUGUUCUGCCCCCCUGGUUGAGCCCGGAGAUUGACGGCAACCGCGUAUGGAUCCAUCAGGAGAAGCUGUAUAUAAUCCCCCUGGGGAAGGGCACCCACGAUAGACGACCCUUGACCUUGGCAGACGCUGCUGCCCGUCUCAAGGAAAAGCCAUCUUCUCUUGUCCAUUCCACCUUCAUCGAGGCAGAGGCCUUCUACCGUCUCGAGAAGUACCCUGGCCAGAUCAAGGCAUCUAGGCACCAUUCCUUGGCUACGAUCCCGAGAAAGCUCGCAUAUAUCCUACAUGAAAAGCCCGCCGCCAUUGCCCCGGCCGUCGAGGCCUUUUACCUCCGGGAUCCCGUUUCCAUGAAAUCCCUCCUCUCUACUUCUAGCAAGCUCAAUUUUCCACCCCAGGAUCUAGUGUCCGUCAGCGUCAAGUUUACCCGAGUGCUCUUUGCGCAGCUCAAGUCCCAGCGGUUCAGCGAGCCGCCCGUGUGGAGCUCGAUCAUCGAAGCCGCAGAGAACAAUGGUUCGGGCGCAGAGAACUCUCAGAAAGAGCUCGAUCGUUUGCAGCUGGGCAUGAAGGUAACCAGUGGGUUCGAGAUGCUGGCCACUAACGCGGAGACCAAGGACAAGCGGAUCACCAGGGAAGUCGCUAUCCUUCUGCGGGAUCUUGCCGAAGACGGCGAGCAGGCUCUCCCAGAUGACGCCACCAUCCAGUCUUGGCCGGAUGCCACCCGAGACGACAGUGAUUCCUGGAUGGACAUUAACUUUGAAGAUUUUGAGAAGGAGCUCGACGGCAAAGGCAGACCCAGAGGAGCGGAAACCACGGGGUUUGGAGAUUCUGCAACUCAGGCCGAUCUCCAGAAGAUGGUGUCGCGUUUCGAGGCGUUCCUGAACGACGACUCUGCGGGACUCGAGGGUGCCGAGUUGAACGAUAUGGAUUUUGAUGACGACGACGACGGAGACCUUUCCGAGCACGGAGAUGAUGAGGAGGACGACAGCGAGGACGAAGACCGGGAUGUCAGUUUCGAUGAGGAGCAGUUUGCCAAGAUGAUGAGGGAGAUGAUGGGCAUGCCGUCAGACGAGAAACCUACAUCAGCAUAUGGUGCCAAGCGUGCAAACAAGCCCAGAGAAGCACCGCUUGAACUGGUGGAGGGGCCCGAUGAUGAGGAAGACGAGGCUAUCAGGCAGCUCGCUGCGCAGAUGGAGGCUGAACUGAAUGAACACAAGGCCUUGCAGCUGGACCCGACCCCGGAAAAGCCGAAGGCACUAGAACAAAAGGAAGAGGGCGACUCCACGAGGGACACGCCAGAGGGCAAGGAGCCAUCUGUCAACAACGACGACGAGGAGAGCGAGGAUGAAGAGGUGGAUAUUGACUACAACCUGGCCAAGAAUCUACUAGAGAGCUUCAAGAGUCAGGCAGGCAUGGCCGGGCCUGCUGGCAACAUCCUGGCCAUGAUGGGGAUGAAACUUCCUAGAGAUGAAGAUGAGGACACAAGGGGCUGA